UACACACACACACACACAGGUUUGUCGAUGCAUACUGUUGUUCGCGCGCUACCUUUUUAAGUAUGCAGUGUACAGUGCGGAUGCAGUACUCUGGUGUUCCAUUGGAACGCGGAUUCCACUGCGCUCUAUAAAGCCACAGCUGCUGACUGUACACACACAAACAACUCCAGCAAACAAGAGCCCCGAGUAGCACUAAUGCAGUUCUUCUCUUUUUCCUCGAGUAAUCUCUGUUUAACUCUCAUCCUCUCACAUCCUCCCCUUCCAUCUUUUGACGUCCCUCCCUCCGCGCGCGCGCGCACGCUCCCUCUCCCUCCAGAUCUUCUGGCGCUUCAGUCCGUUCCCUCUUUCUUUUCUCCCCCUCUCGUCUCUACACUCAUCCUCCCCAGCUCAUCUCUCCUUUCAUUUGCUCCUCCAUCUCUCCGUUUGGUCUUUGUGUGCUUGUGUGUGUCUGUGUGUAUGUGUGUGUGUGUCUUCCAUCGACAGGAACACUGCGCGCGUCCCUCUCCUCAUCCUUUCCUCUGAAUCCGGAGCUCCAGUGUUCCCUCCCUCCUUUCUCCUCCUCCUCCUCCUCUUUACGUUUCCCCCCCUCCCUCCAUCCAUACUCGCUUCUCCUCAAUGCUGAAGUCAGUCAAAAGAGAAACACUGAAGAAAAGAGGGAAGAACGGCGGGCGCUGAGAGAGAGAAAGAGAGAAGGAGAGAAGCUGGAGGGAGAGAGGGGUGAGGGGGGAACGGGGGUUUGGAUACAUCUCCACCUGUCUUCUCUCUGCCAUGGACUGCCUCUGCAUAGUGACCACAAAGAAAUAUCGGUAUCAGGAUGAAGAGACUCCGCCCCUGGAGCACAGCCCCGCCCACCUGGCUCACAGCAAGAGCGCAGAGAUGCUGCACACCAGCGAUAAGAACCUGGCGGCCAUGGACUCCAUGCACAGUUACGCUCCUCACACGCACAUCUCACCAAUAAAGCCAGUGCUGCUGUCCUCUGGUCAAACCCCGCUCUACACGUCUGCCGUCUCCACACUGGCGAACUCUCCACCAGUAGUGGUAAAUACAGACACGCUGGAUGGAUCACCGUAUGUGAAUGGAGCUGAAGGAGAGAUUGAAUAUGAAGAGAUCACGUUGGAAAGGGGGAACUCGGGGCUGGGCUUCAGUAUCGCCGGAGGCACUGAUAACCCUCAUAUAGGAGACGAUCCAAGCAUUUUCAUCACCAAGAUCAUUCCAGGAGGAGCCGCUGCGCAAGACGGGAGACUCAGAGUGAAUGACAGUAUUCUGUUCGUGAAUGACGUGGACGUUCGGGAGGUGACCCACAGUCAGGCGGUGGAGGCGCUGAAGGAGGCCGGAGCCAUCGUCAGACUCUAUGUGUUACGCAGAAAACCCAUCGCUGAGAAAGUCACCGAACUCAAGCUCAUCAAAGGGCCAAAAGGGCUAGGCUUCAGUAUAGCUGGUGGUGUGGGGAACCAGCACAUCCCCGGAGACAACAGCAUUUAUGUCACCAAAAUCAUCGAAGGAGGAGCGGCUCAUAAAGACGGACGACUACAGAUUGGAGACAAGAUUCUGGCGGUGAAUAAUGUGUGUUUGGAGGAUGUGAUGCAUGAGGAUGCGGUGGGAGCGCUGAAAAACACAGCAGAGGUGGUCUACCUCAGAGUGGCCAAGCCAAAUAACCUGUACCUUACCAACAACUACAACCCACCAGACCUCACCAGCACUUACUCUCCGCAUCUGGACACAGACCUUGGACAUCCAAACUUCCUGGCCUCGGAUUACCCACAAGCCCUCACUCCCACCUCACCGAGCCGCUUUUCUCCUGUGCUGCAUGGCUUGUUGGGAGACGACGACUUACCCAGGGACCCUCGGCGUGUAGUGAUCCACAGAGGAUCCACGGGUUUGGGCUUUAAUAUUGUUGGAGGAGAGGAUGGAGAGGGAAUCUUCAUCUCCUUCAUCCUGGCAGGAGGACCUGCGGACCUGAGCGGAGAACUGCGCAAAGGAGACCAGAUCCUGAGUGUGAAUGGUGUAGAUCUACGAGCGGCUACACAUGAACAAGCAGCAGCUGCCUUAAAGAACGCAGGACAAACCGUAACCAUCAUCGCUCAGUACAGACCAGAAGAGUACAGUCGAUUUGAGGCUAAAAUUCACGACCUCAGAGAACAGCUGAUGAACAGCAGUAUGGGCUCUGGAACAACCACAUUACGGAGCAACCCCAAAAGAGGAUUUUAUAUCAGGGCUCUGUUUGACUAUGAUAAGACUGCAGACUGUGGUUUUCUGAGUCAGGCGGUGGGCUUCAGGUUUGGGGAUGUGCUGCAUGUGCUGGACUGUGGAGAUGAGGAGUGGUGGCAGGCCUGCAGAGUCAGUCCUCAGGGGGACGAGGAGGAGGUCGGCUUCAUCCCCAGCAAGAGGAGGGUGGAGAGGAAAGAGUGGACGCGGCUGAAGUCUAAAGAAAGGGACCGAAGUCGAGACAGUAUAGGUUCACAGGGAAGGGAAGAGCCAGUACGGAGUUACGAGACGGUCGCACAAGUGGAAGUGCACUACGCCAGGCCGAUCAUUAUUCUGGGCCCGGUGAAGGACAGAGUGAAUGAUGACCUGCUGUCUGAGUUCCCAGACAAGUUUGGCUCUUGUGUCCCUCAUACGACACGACCCAAGCGGGAGUAUGAGGUGGAUGGACGGGACUACCAUUUCGUGUCUUCGAGGGAACAGAUGGAGAAGGACAUCCAGAACCAUCGCUUCAUUGAGGCGGGCCAGUACAACAGCCACCUGUACGGCACCAGCGUUCAGAGCGUCCGAGAGGUGGCAGAACAGCAGGGAAAGCACUGUAUUCUGGAUGUGUCUGCAAAUGCAGUUCGAAGGCUACAAGCGGCACAGCUUCAUCCAAUCGCCAUCUUCGUACGACCCAAAUCAUUGGAGAACGUCUUAGAAAUCAACACACGCCUAACUGAGGAACAAGCCAGAAAAGGAAUGGAUCGCGCUAUAAAACUGGAACAAGAUUUCCUGGAGUGCUUCUCUGCGAUCGUGGAGGGCGACAGCUUCGAAGAGGUUUAUCACAAGGUGAAAACUGUGAUCGAGGAGCAGUCAGGGCCUUAUAUCUGGAUUCCCACCAGGGAGCGUCUGUGAGAGUCCAGCCAGAGCCAAAGCACCUCGUUCAGUCACCAUUCGGCCUGCUGCUGCCCUGGACUGCGGAGCUCCGGUUGAUGGAGCUCACAUAACUGACAGAAAGAGAGAGAGAGAGAGAGAUGGAAAAAGAGCGAAAGAAAGGAAGAAAACAGACCCAGAUCUGGGAAUGAUGGAGCGGUACAGGCCCACGCCGCAUCUGCCUCACUUCUCCUCCUCCUUCCUGGCUCCCUUACUUCCUUUUUCCUGCUUCUGACUUCCUUUCUCUCUGUUUCUUUCUGGCUUUCUCUCAGAAAAGGGACUGAUGAGCUGUUUUUACUCCGUCAAGGAUGCUACGAAGAAAUUUUUGUAUAUUGUCAGAUUCCCUCUCUGUGACAUGACGUGGAGAGACCGAGAGAGAGAGAGAAAAGGCGACCGCCUCGGCUUUUACUGGAUUUAAAGGAGCUCGUUUUGUUUGUUUUUUGGCGGCGAAUCGAACUGAAAGUUAUAUUUAUCAGUAUCAAUAAUGCGCUGAAAUCUUUAAUAUCAAAGAUACUACGACUACUCAGAGACUGACGCUCACCCACGCGUAUAUCAGCAUCAAGGGGCGUUUAAUUCGCAUAUUCCUGAAAUCCAGGAAGCAACGAGACAUAUGCUGAAUGUUUUUCCCCUUAAAAUAUUUAGUUGUUCAUCACAUCGAGCAGAUGAGAAGGAGAAAAAAUGCAGACUGUGACAUCACGCUUGAUUUUUGUUCCGGUUUUCAUUGAUAUUACAUGUAAAGAUUUCCACACAUACGCCAACCUGCAUUUUGCCGCCUUCUAUCGGGAUCUUCUGCAAUAGUCAGAUUGGUGUUUUCCUUUGAGCUGGAUUUGGUUUGCCGGGUUGGAUCAGUUCCUCAAACUCAAUGACUCCAGGCUGCUCUUUAAUGUGCAAUAUCAGGCUCUUCCAUAAUCCGCUCGCAACGCUUCAGGUUUCAAUCAUCAGUAAAUUAGCAAACAGCUUUCAAAUGCGAUGCUUUCGUCAUUUUUUUUACAGUUCGUUUCCCAUCAGUUCUGGCCACGUUCACACUGCAAGACCUUUUAUUUGUUUGUAUGAAUGACCUUUUAAAUUGAAUACUUGAACAGGAAACACAUAUAGUGCUCAGCAUAAAUGAGUACACCACCUUUUAAAAUAUCAUGGGCUCUAUUUUAAUGAUCUAGGCGCAAAGU